AUGGCGGUGACGGUGCUGUCGAAGGUGCUACUGGCUGCCGUUUUGGUGCUGUGGGCGACCGAUGAUGUACUGGCCAGCGGUGAUGCUUUCGGCACGGCCUUGCAAACACGUCUGGGUUGUUUGAACCCGCUGGCCAAGGCCAACUACCGCAGCUUGCGCGCCGAAGCUCGGGCCGUGGCGCUCGACCAUCUCCUCGAUUUCGCCGGCACCUGCGACCAGCUGGCGUUUGCUGACUUUGAUGUCACCGGUCAGGAGAGCAGAAUCAUCAGCAACAGAGGGCCCGGCGCGCUGGUAUGCACCAAUCCCUCGGAUUUGAUUGCCUGGGGUGAAUCUGCGCCAGAUUUGUGCCAUGACGUCCGAUCGCUCAUACCUUUAUGCUCGACAUCACGAUGGCGUGCAACAGAUACCUGCACUGCAGACGACCUCGAGCCCAAUAGCUAUGCCAGCCCAUACGCCCUGGACGAUCUGCCUGCUGCUUUGAGCGACCUCUCGCUAUGUGAUGGCCCUGAUGCCUAUGCCAUCAGCGUUUGUCCGAGCUGCAAGGUCACUGUGUCCGUGACCUACGUUGCUGGACCGGGUAGCCUCAGCCUCGGCCUAUUUGACAGCCAGGUGAAUGCCUAUGCCGCUCAGACCCAGGGUAGUGGUGGAUCAGCCCAGAUUGUCUUUACCAAUUGGGCGACCAGCACCCGCGAGAUGUCCAUUGACGUCUACGGCAGCUUUGCGGGGACCUAUGCCCUCUCUGCCGCCAUCGAGGCGGAUAGCGGCACCCGCCCCACCACAACCACGCCCGCCCCUUGCACCGCAGACAGCUUUGAGCCCAACGGCUAUGCCAGUCCAUACGCGCUGUCGGGCUCGAGCACGAAUGCCUCUGAUCUGACGCUUUGCGGCGAGGCCGACUCGUACAGCUUUUCCUUAUGUCCCGGUUGCUAUGCUCAUGCCCGCGUCGAGUUUGAUCGCUCAUAUGGCAACAUCGACAUUGGCUUUUUCUCCGGCACUACCGCCGCGUACGUCGCUCAGGGCGCGGGUACAGGCGACUACGAGGAGGUUGGCUACAUCAACCCCACAGGCUCGACCAUCAACCUGCAGCUUGAUGUAUACGGGAGCUUCAGCCGAACCUACAGCCUGGUCUUUACCAUUGCCAGCGAGGGACCCCCUGGCAAGACGACCAGCACGACUGCACCCUGUCUUCCAGAUGCUCUCGAACCCAGUAGCUUCAGCGACCCGUAUGCUCUAACUGGAAACAACCUAUCGUUUGCCGACCUGACGCUCUGUGGCGUCCAGGACUCGUACAGCAUCAACGUGCCCAGUGGUGAGGCCAUUACUGUGCAGGUCAACUUUGACAAUGUGCAAGGCGGCAUCAACCUGGGCUUGUUCAACCCAAACACCAACACGUACGCAGCCGAGGGCCGUAGCGCCAUUGGUCGUGUCUGGCUGCAAUAUACCAACGCUGGCACUGCCCGCACGUUCAACAUUGAUGUUUACGGCAGCAACCGAGGGUCGUACACGCUCAGCGUUGUGGUUGCACCGCCUCCCACCACCACGACGCCACCCGCAACCACCACCACUACUGCAGCUUCAAGCUCCAGUACACAGUCAUCGACCACGGUGGCACCCACCAGCACCUCCACCAGCUCCCCUGGGACCUCCACAACUUCUGCCGACCCGACCACCACGGCAACAGACGUGACCACGUCUCCUUCCUCGACGUCAUCAUCCUCAACUAUUUCAUCAUCAACAACGUCUGGUGCUUCAACAGGCCCAGGGUCCUCUCCCACCACAUCAUUGCCAGGUUCAACCACCACGGCGUCAGCAACGAUGACGCAGGGCUCGACCUCAGCCACCACCAUAGCCUCUGCAACUACGGCUCCCUCGACCGCGUCCACCACAGCUGCUACGACGGCCUCUCCGACUACCGCAACGACCCCCGCGACCACGACCGAUGCGACGGCCCCGUCGACCACGACCACCUCAUUGCUCACAUCAACAGGCUCUUACUCGAGCGCACCGCUGACGUGUCCGGACAGCUACGAGCCUAAUAACCGCCCCAGUGAAGCCUAUCUCGUUUCAAACGGCUUCACCGCCGAGGGCAUCAGCCUGUGCGAGGAAGACGUGGACAUGUAUCGCCUUGAAGUGUGUGCAGGCGGCUCUGUCAGCAUCCAAGUGAGCUUUAGCCAUGCCCAGGGCGAUUUGGAUGCACGUCUGUGGGCCGAUGGCCAGGUCGUUGCCACGGGCUACUCUACCUCUGAUUCGGAGCAACUCGAGUACACAGAGGCUCCAGAUCACGUUCCACAAACGCUCGUUUUGGAAGUUUUUGGCGUCAAAGGCGCUGCUAAUGCCUAUAGCCUGACAGUGCAUGUCACGGGCUGUGAAUGCACAUGCCCACCUGACUCGCGACGCCGAGGUACACGCCUUACGACCUACCGCGUGCCUGCCACGCGCGUUGUCGGCGCUUGUCCUGAUUACGUCCCCAGCAUCUGUCUCGCGCCACGCGACGACGAGACAUCGCCUCUCACCCUCGACCUGGAAGUGAAUCGCGUCGGCCAGAAGCAAUAUGCCCACGUUGCCUCGUCACCCCAGCUCCAGGGCGACAACCUGUGCUGGAGCCAUCCCCUUGCACUUCAACACCGUGAUCGCUUCCAAUUUGUCCUUAAAAACCCCGAGGGCGUUCGCUAUUGGGUCAGCUUCCCAGACGAUACCAUCAACUGCUCCUAG